UUCUUAUAGUUUCUUAAGGUAUAAGUUUAGGUUAUUCAAGAUUUCUCUUCUUUCUUGAAGUAAGCUUGUGUUUCUCUGAACUUCCCUCUAAUGCCACUUUCGCUGCAACCCACAGAUUUUGGUAUGCUGUAUUUUCAUUUUCAUUUGUCCUCAGAUUUGUUUAAAGAGAUUACAACUCUUGAAAAGAUCAGAAAUGAUAAGAUGCCUAUAAAUGAACUGAGCUCUCAUCUCUUAAGUGUUGGAAUUCCAUUAAGCAACAAGACUUUGCAGGAGAUUCUGAGUGAAACAUCUAUUGAUGGAACUGGUGAAGUAAGUCUCAAACAAAUUUUGGAGACUUUGAGCACAAGUAAGCCAGCCUCUGAAUUUGAAGCUGUACACACUGCCCUCAAUACUGUUAGCUUGAUGAACUGUGAUAGAAUUCAAGCUAGUGACUUGAAAGAUGUUUUUGAUGACCUCAGCAUUUCUAUAAAGCCUGAAGAACAUGAGAUGUUACAGAAAACACUUGAUGUUGAUGAAAAGGGAGAUGUUUCCCUGAAGACUGCACUUUUAGCAUUGAAAAGCAAUAAGCGUUUUCAAGAUUUUAGGGAAGUUAAUAAACUGGCAAAGGCCUUAGACAAGGUCACCAAUGAAAAAGUUGAUGUCGAUGAUGUACAACCUGUACUGAAUGGCCUGGGGAUUUAUUUUCCAGAGGAAGAACUACAAGAGGUGCUUUCAUCAGUUUCUAUUGAUAACAAGGGAAAAUUGGACUUAAAAGACUGCCUGACUAGGUUGCAGCAAAUGCCAUAUUUUACAAAAGUUUCAAAAAUAGAAGGUCCCUUGAAAGCUCUGGCCUCCAUAAGGAAAAAUGUGGCCAAUCCUGAUGACCUAGACUCCAUGAUGAAAAAUAUAGGUGUUCCAUUACCUCAAGAUGUGAUCCAAAGUGCACUGAAGAAUGUGGCUAUCACAGAGGAUGGGACAGUGAAUUUAGAGGAGUUUAUGGGCAAUUUGAUCAAUUCAAGAUUUUCAUCUCCACCUGAAAAGAUGAUAAAUGUUAGCGACCUGGACAACAUACUAGGAAACCUGGGCAUUGAACUCACCAAAGAAGAACUUAGAGAGCUAAGAAGAAACCUUCCAGUUAAUGCUAAAGGGAAGACUGAUCUGAAAACGCUGAUGGAUACAGUACAAGUUAUCACAGUUAUUGAUAUUUUACAUAGUAUCUUUAACAUACAGUUUUUAAUGUAUUCAGAUACAAGUCCGCCGUAA